UCGAUCCAAUGCCUUCAGACAGGCUCGUAGGGGGAAGCCUCGUCUCGGCCCUGGCUGUAAUGUCUCCUUUGAAUGGGAAAACAGAGUGUUAAGGCAACAAAACCCACUGCAUUAUCCAAUGCUCACACUGGCACAUUCUGCCCUGGCUUUGAGAGCCUUUUUUUGGUUAUAACAAGAGUUGGUCGGCAUAGCUUGAGCAACAUGCCAAAUACCUGUUCAACGGAACACUGCUGCGUGCGCUUCAGACACGGGAAAUGUUGGAGAUUGCUCGAGGUUCAUACGAACCAUCAUUGGUCACUUGGUGGUUCCAAGUUACUCCAAAUUCCCACUGGGGUAGAUGGAAGCUCAAAGCGCGCUCUCCCGCUGCGCCAUUUAGAUUCCAUGUUUGGACCAUGAAUGCCGUUGUUAGGACCCGGCCGUCGACCCCUGGCUCGAGUUAUAAGGAUGGUAAUCCCUUUCAAUGGCAGUCUCUCGCAUAAGGGGGCACAAAAACUUCUCCCGGGCGAGCAAAGCCAAGCAAAGCAAAGCAUUUAUUCAUUCUUGCACUUGCUGAAUCGAUCUUUGUUGCGAUGCAGGCAAUUCGUCCAUUGGACACUGCCAAAUGAGACGAGCGUGCCCCCAUCCAAACACUCUCUGGCGCGAUGUCUCCUUCAACAUCUUUGACCCCCAACAAGCAAUCGGGAUUGAGAGCCUCCUCAUCUUCUGCGUCCAUGCGGCACGAUUGACCUUUCGAAAUGCCUGUAGGCAACGACACAAUGUUCAUUCUGAUCUACUGCAAGUGCGGUAAUCUGAAUUCAAGCCAGGCGGCAACAAGAGCACAUUGGCGACUGAAGGAUCCGGGCUACGGGCUCGUUCGUCAGUCAUCUGCGAAUCGCGUUGUUAGGAAAGGACAUGGGUCUGGUGUUUGACCAUAAGAUAUCCGGCAACACUAGAUCAUGAACGGAAGAAAACAAACUUGAAGUUAAGUUUCAAUUGACGUUGCCUUUGUUAAUCUUCGUUUUGAGGAUGUACAAAUGGUUGUUGUCCGGAUCAACGUCAGCGUCGUGAAUGGCAGGACCUCGAACUGCCUAAGAAAGGCGGUCUAGGAUUACGCAGGAAUGCCAGGGCACUUUACCGAAUCUAAUCAAAAGGAACCGCUUGCAAGGCUGGGAACUUUCAACUAACGGGUAGAUUGUUUCGCAGAGUGUAUUGGGUGCCGGAAGCGCUGUUGGAUGAUAUGUUUGCGGCAUCUCGCAGUGUGAUAUCUGACGCGGUUGCACACCUACAAUUAUAUCAACUAUCGCCAAGGAUACCGGCAGGCGGUUUAAACCUCGGUAUCGCGACAACUGUGGAAUGCCAAGGAACGACAAUGGCAAUGGAGAAAGGCUUGUUUGACGAAUACUCGAGAGCUUCUGCCCCAUUGUUAUUGGUGUCUUGGGUCGGGGCUCUCAGGCAGCCAGCCACCUGUUGCCUCGUUUUCAUUACCAUGAAGAACAGAAAUGGGUCGCAGUCACAGUCGCAGCAUCCAUGCUCAUUGUCGGGGAUACCUUCAACCCUCAACCCCGAAACAGGCCAAUGCAUGCCCGUGUUCAUCGGGUAUCUAACUGCCUAUCAAUGCUUUUCAACUCAGCCAUUCUGGUCUAACUCGGUUCUGCGCCAUUGAUGAUUGAUCUACACAGACCGAGGAGAGAAUCACGCUACUCCACAGCCAGACAGACCCCAGCUUUGAUCGGUUACAACCACAUAGACAUCAAGUUGCUUUCAGAUAUGGGGUUUCUGUGGCGACGAGACCGUGCUUACACUUCGCAGAGUACCAAGAUCGUACUAAAGCCAAUUGAACAUGUAAUCAAUGGCUCUUUGAACACGGCUUUGCCCAUGUUUUCCACGUUGGCGACUCAAGACUGCAGUUCACCGCCUUGUCCCGCAAAGCCAUGUCAGUUGUCGUUCAAGUAGUUACUCUUUAAUUUCCAGUACAGCUGUAUCAAAAACCUCAAGCACGUUCAUGUUUCGCGCGACAGAAGAAAGUUCUGGGCAAGCCUUGGAUUGGGUGUGUCUUGGUAUAGUAGUAGGACGCUUUUUAAUGAACGAACCCUUCUAUGCAAUGCCGAAAAAGAUCGAUCAUGGUUUCGCAAUCUAAGAUGGUCUGUCUACGCUCAGGGGUACAUAGUCCUAGAUUAUAGAUUCUGCCAGGAGGCAAUCAAAGAAGGCGCCUUGUCGUUUCCAACUGGUACUUUGAUCUUCCAUGUCCCCUUGUACCUAUUGUUGAGCCUCAUCAUUCAUCGG